AUGGCUACAUUCCAGGUGUUCUCAGGUGGUCCUGGGAGCACACAGGGAAGCCUGGACUGGGCGCUGCCACCGACAGGAUGGCCCCAGGGACGCCUCACGGAGAAACAGUACGAGGACUCCGAGUGGUGGCACAGGCGCUUCAGAGGAUUCCAUCCCUCGGAGGGCUCGGACCCCCUCCAGAGCGUGCACACAAUUAAGGAGUUUCUCAACCUGUGGAUGAGGCCGGACAUGCGCUCCACGCAGCAGAUCCUGGACCAGCUGGUGCUGGAGAAGUUCAUGACCUGCAUGCCCCUGGAGCUGCAGGUCCUGGUCCGGGAGAGGAAGGUGCAGAGCUGCGAGGAGCUGGAGGCCUUGCUGAGGAAGAAGGAGAAACCCAGGAAAUGGAGGGUGCUCACCAUCCAAGGGCAGGAAUAUCUUCUGGAGAAUUCGGACGAGGAUCUGGUGCUGGACUUGUCCGUGAAGUCUUCAGCCCCCAUCAGUGAGGCGGGGGCACAUCCUGAGAAUGGCCCAGGGGUCCUAGGAGGGCCGGAGAACCAGCCAGGACCCAGUGACGUGGUGGGGGGACAAGGGCAGCAAGUCCUCCUGCCAGAGACGAUUCCCACUAACAGUGACCUGCAAGGUGUGAGGCCCACGGUGAGGUCGGAGGAGGUGGAGGAGGAUGUGAUGGAAGAAGAGGAAGAGGCAGCGGUUCUCACACCUCCAGAUGCUCUGCUUCCCAGCAGUCCUGGAGAUUCGGUGAUGACAGAGGGGGAGCAGAGCCCCCAAGAAGGAAUCGGCCUUGAACACGUGGGUGCCCCUGACGAACAUCCCACCCACGUCCCUGAGGUCUUGAAUCGACGUCGGAAGAGGAGAGGUCCUCGGACCCCAAGAGGUGCCCCCAAGAGAAAAAGGGGGAACACUCCCACCGUCCAAGCAGAGCCUCAGGAAGCAGCCGCGCCAUCGGACCAAGGGCAAGUUGUAGGACAGCGCGGGUCCGAUUCAGUCGGUGCAUCAAACACCGAGGAGCCAGCUGGUCACCCUGUUGGCACAGAACCCGGGAGACAGAUCCCGAACGAGUGUGAGGACUGCCACAAGAGGUUCAGUAGUAAAUCCCAGUUAGACCUUCACCGGAGGACACACACGGGAGAGGGUCACUUCCAAUGCCUUUUCUGUCCCAAGAGAUUCCCUCAGGCCUGGGACCUGAGGGUCCACCAUCGGACUCACAAGGGCCAGAAGCCGAUCCGCUUUUACCGUCCGCACAGAGAGGUUCACCCGGGAGUCCACGCUGUGUGGCCACCAGCGGGUCCACACCCAGGAGGGGCCGUACCAGUGGGACAUCUGCCACCAGAAGGUCAGCCACAGAGGGAACCUCAACGUCCACAUGUGCACCCUCUCGGGCCUGAGGCCCUACCCGUGUCCCCGGUGCAACGGGGCCUUCCGCCAACUGGGGACAUUUCAACGCCACCAAACGGCAUGUCAACCAGGCAAUCCGGAGGCUCCACGUCCCUGCUGA